UUCACCAGGCUGGAUCGCUGGAGAUGUAUAGCUCUGUAUGUUCAUGUAUAUGCUUUCCAAUGUCUGCAGCAUGCGGUGACAUACCGUGAUCAUCCAUCCAGACUCACGGUGCAUUGGUCGUUGAUCAUUUCUUGGAUAUACCGAUCUUUUUAUUUCUCUCAUCAUGCUGCAAAGAGUAAAAUAUGACUGGCAUUUCUUGUAAGAAUCCUACCAAUGGCUGCUGUUGCAAGACUUUCAUAUUUUAUUUAUGUUUGGCGCAAUGGAAGCAUGCUGUGUGGCUCUGAGUGAGCUUUAUUGGACAAUGCAUAUGAAGGCUGGAAGCUUUACAAGUGAGAAAUAAAAUUUUCUCAAAGAACCUUUCUUCUCUGGGGAAUAAUGCUAAAACGGUUGGAGGAAAUGUUGACAGAUAUAUGGACUCCAUUGUUAAUUCUAUGGAUUACACUUUUCCCUUAUAUUUCUAUGGCUCCGGUCAACCAGUUAAAAAGUUUACAAACUGGAUCCUUUGUGGGUCAGCAAGGAACAGGCGAGAGACAAAGAAGCUUGAGCCGUGCCAAGAGAGGAUGGGUUUGGAAUCAAAUGUUUGUGCUAGAGGAGUUUACCGGUCGUGACCCAAUUCUUGUUGGCAGGCUACAUACUGACUUAGAUGCUGGGGCAAAAAAUAUCAAAUAUGUAUUGUCAGGAGACGGAGCAGGUUCCUUCUUCGUGAUCAAUGACAAGACUGGCGAUAUUCAUGCAAUGAAAAAGCUUGACCGAGAAGAAAAGGCUGAAUACACACUCACAGCACAAGCAAUUGAUGCAGACACAAAGCAACCUCUGGAGCCACCUUCAGAGUUCAUUAUUAAAGUUCAAGACAUUAAUGACAAUGCACCUGAGUUUCCCAAUGGACCGUAUCAUGCCAGCGUCCCAGAGUUAUCUAGCGUGGGCACGUCAGUCACGAAGGUAACAGCCACGGAUGCAGAUGACCCCGUCUAUGGAAACAGUGCUAAACUAGUCUACAGUAUUCUAGAAGGACAACCUUACUUCUCAAUUGAUCCUCAUACUGCUAUCAUCCGAACUGCCCUUUCAGAUAUGGAUCGUGAAGCUAAGGAACAGUAUCUUGUGGUCAUUCAGGCCAAAGACAUGGGAGGUCAUAUGGGAGGACUAUCUGGAACUACCACAGUGACAAUCACUUUAACAGAUGUUAACGACAAUCCACCAAAGUUUUCCCAAAGUGUAUAUCACUUCUCGGUACCAGAAGACCUUGCUGUUGGUGCUACAGCAGGAAAGGUGAAAGCAAAUGAUCACGAUAUAGGAGAAAAUGCCAAGUCAAACUAUACAAUUAAUGAUGGAGAUGGAACAGACGUUUUCGAGAUAAUAUCAGAUUCCCAGACUCAAGAAGGAAUUCUCCGUCUGAAAAAGCCUCUGGACUUUGAAACCAAAAAAUCCUAUACUCUGAAGGUGGAAGCAGCCAAUGUAAAUUAUGAUGCCCGCUUUGGCAGGGAGCCCUUCAAAGAUACCACAACAGUGAAGAUUGCCAUAGAGGACUCUGAUGAACCCCCUUUGUUUUCAGCACCCAGCUAUCUAUUGGAAGUGCAUGAAAACACUGCUAUUAACUCAGUGAUUGGCCAGGUAUCUGCCAGUGACCCAGAUGUAACAGCCAGUCCUAUCAGGUAUUCCAUUGAUCGUCACACAGACCUUGAAAGGCAGUUUAAUAUAAAUGCAGAAGAUGGGAAGAUAACGUUGGCAAAAGCACUUGACAGAGAGACAGAUGUUUGGCAUAACAUCACAGUGAUAGCUACUGAAAUCAGAAAUUAUAGUCAGAUAUCUAGAAUUUCUGUUGCCAUUAAAGUGCUUGACAUUAAUGAUAAUGCACCUGAAUUUGCAACUGAAUAUGAAGCGUUCCUCUGUGAGAAUGGAAAACCUGGGCAGGUUAUACAGACUGUCAGUGCUAUUGACAAGGAUGAUCCGAAGAAUGGGCAUUUCUUUAUCUACAGUUUGGCACCAGAAAUGUCUAACAACCCAAACUUUACUAUCAAGAAUAAUGAAGAUAACUCUGUCAGUGUGCUGGCCAAGCACAAUAGCUUUCGACGGCAGAAACAGGAGAUGUAUAUUUUGCCAAUCAUUGUAAGUGACAACGGCAAUCCUCCCAUGAGCAGCACCAACACACUAACCAUUCGUGUGUGUGGCUGUAGCAGUGAAGGAAUCGUCCAGUCUUGUAAUGUUGAAGCAUACGUCUUGCCUAUUGGACUCAGUAUGGGAGCUUUAAUAGCUAUUCUAGCAUGCAUUGUCUUGCUUUUAGUUAUUGUGGUCCUGUUUGUAACAUUACGAAGACAUAAAAAUGAGCCACUCAUAAUCAAAGAUGAUGAAGAUGUGCGCGAGAACAUCAUCCGAUAUGAUGAUGAAGGUGGAGGAGAAGAAGACACAGAAGCCUUUGAUAUCGCUACAUUACAAAAUCCUGAUGGAAUUAAUGGAUUUUUGCCACGCAAAGAUAUCAAACCAGAUCUACAGUUUAUGCCUAGGCAAGGACAGCAUCCUGCCCCUAAUGGUGUUGAUGUCGAUGAAUUUAUAAAUGUACGACUACAUGAAGCUGAUAAUGAUCCCACAGCACCUCCCUAUGACUCUAUUCAAAUUUAUGGUUAUGAAGGACGAGGUUCAGUGGCUGGAUCACUAAGCUCCUUAGAAUCCACUUCUUCAGACUCAGACCAGAACUUUGACUACCUCAGAGAAUGGGGUCCAAGAUUUAAAAGACUAGGGGAGCUUUACUCUGUAGGAGAGAGUGACAAAGAGACUUGACUAUGGAUUUACAGAUGGCAUCAAAUUAUGUCUGCAUAAUUGUGUAUUAUUCUAGGGUUGCCAAUUAUUAGAAGCGGCUACAAAAAAGGAGACACCUUUUUUCUUAGAGGAAAGUAUAGAGUUCAUCUUCAACCUCAUCAAGUGCAUUGUAAUGUUGAGCCAAACUAAAUGACAUCAAUUUUAGAAGGUUUUUGAUUCUUGUGGAGUGUGACUUAGAUUCUGUUGCGUGUCUAGAAGUUUUUUGGGUAUUGUUGUUCACUGUGACCACCAGAAACAUCAAGAUCUGGAUUCUAGGUAGUCGCUUUAACAACCAAGGUGGAGGACAUGCUGUACACAAAGACCAACUGAUUGGGAUGUAAAAAUAGAUUCUGCUUUGAUGGGGACCUCAGGGUCUUGCUAGUUUGAACGAUAAAAGGUUAAAAUAUUUGCAAACCAUUAUGCCAAACUGAAAAAAAAAAUCAACAAGCAAUAUACAGAAUGGUCUUUACUUCACAGUUGGAAAUAAGCAACUAAUAAAAUGGCAUUUGCAGGGCAUCUCCUAAGAAUGACAUUAAAAGUGGUAGACAGAUUUACUGCAGACUGUAUCAACCCACUGACUUGCUUUGUAAGUCUUAACAGUUGUAUAUUCUCGGCUUGUUUGGCACAAACUUUGACACACUGGGCCAAUGGAAGAUAAUAAUUAAAAUAACAAAGCGGCCUUCUUUUUAUGGAAGCAAAGAGACAAAAAAAAUCUUCAGCUCUUUGAAGAGCAGACUCCUCGUCCCUUAUCCCUAAGAAGUGACCACUCUCUGUCAUCUCUGAAUAUUCUUUUGUGUAUCUAAGUAUUAAAUGGGUGUCACCUUUUCAAACCAUUCAUCAAUGAUCUGAGCCAGCAGUUGUAAUAAAGUAAAAGUAUUAGUAUGGAAUCAGUACUGUGAAAAGAAGAUGGUAUCUACACAGAUGAUGAAAUGAUGAAAUAUGUAAUAAUAUGUAUUUGACAGGGUUGCCAGUAAUAUGCUAAGCACAAAGUCUGGAAUGAAGCGAUAAUUGUGAAUACCUGGACCCUAGACAUUCAAGAAUGUUAUUUAAUAUACCUGAUUACAUAAUCCAGCAAAAGGAAAGGCUAAAAAUUUAAUCAUUUGCUUAUUGUGCUACAUUAUAUAUUAGACAAAUAUCUGUAUAUAGAUUUACUGCUAACUUUCUUAGCUUUUGUUUUAAAUCCUAGAUUUUGUCUAUGCACGAUAGCUUUUGCACACAAAAUGGCACUAAAGCUGUGUGCAUAAACAAUUUGUUACAACAUGGCAGUUCCCAGUAGAUGCUAUAUACUAAAUAGUCUUACAUGCAAAUCAUAUUUUCUACUGUGCUUUAAUGCUAUUUACCUUGUAUGUUUAAUUAUCCAUGUAUUGUAAUCAGAGAUACCCCUGUAUUGUUUCCUACUUUGUGAAAUAUAUUUUUAUAAAUACU